GGUAUCCGACGAAUGCCACUCCCGCGAAUGGCAUUCGAUUCGCAUUCCCCUCGCAUGUUGAAGUUUGCGGUAUUCCCAUAAACGUCGGAUGGCUGCUUUAUCGACUCACGCAGCGGAUUGUGUCAAACGCUUUUUGACAUUUCUCGAAUUGUCAUUUUUAAUUAAUUUGUGUUUGGAAAAAAUUAAAUUUGUGUUAAAAUGGAUUCGAUUGCUUUUUAUUUUAACAAUGAUGAAGAUGAAAGUAGUUCCGCAAGUGUAAGAAGGUCCGUGAGGGAUAGAGCACCUAACAUUUUUAAACUGACAGACAUAGAGUUUAUUAAACAAUUUCGAGUAAAUAAAAAUGCAUAUAAACAUAUUUCAAGCAUAAUUUGCGGUAAAAUUCCUCCCGUGAUAAAAUCCACAGCAAUUAGUCGGCAACAAAAGCUAUCUUUAUGUCUGCGAAUCUUAGCAGAAGGAAGCUACCAAAAUGCUGUUGGCAAAGACUACAUGCUUGGUAUGGCUCAACCAACAGUUUCUAAGAUAUUUUCAGAGGUUAUUGAUAUUCUGGAAAACGAGUUGUGUGAUAAGUGGUUGAAUUUAAAAAUGAAUGACGAGGAGCAAAUGGAGUCUCGGAGUUACUUUUACAACAAAUCGAAAAUUCCCGGGAUUGUAAUGUGCAUUGAUGGUACGCACAUAAGGAUAGCAAAACCUACAGGCUCAAACUCUCACCUUUUUUAUAAUAGAAAAGGCUUCUAUAGUCUCAAUGUGCUUGUUAUAUGUGAUCAUAAACAGCGCAUAAGGUACGUUAACGCGAAAUACCCAGGGUCAGCUCACGAUUCAUUUGUUUGGUCUAACAGCGACGUAUCACAAUACUUCCAAGCACAAUAUGAAGGUGGUAAUCGAAAUCUGCGACUAUUAGGUGACGCAGGGUACGGUCUCGCACCCUGGCUUAUAACUCCUUUUCGGAACCCUGCACCUAAUACUCCUUCAAGUCGCUUUAACAAAUGGCAUAGUUCUGGGCGAAACAUUAUAGAGAGAACUAUUGGUGUUUGGAAAAAACUGGUGUAG